AUGAGUCCUUACGGCAAAGUCCAAAACGAGAUCGACUUUAUCAUGUCGACGAAAAAGUUAAUUUUUAAUGAUGUCUCUGUAAUCAACGCCGUCAAAACGGGAAGUGAUCACCGGGAACAUUUUCAACAAAAUGGAGACAAGACUACAUGUAAUGAAACCACGUCCAUUUUAAAACGUGGCACAGCAUUACAAAAAACAUUUUUCAUUAUGAACCGGGCCGAGAAAGUCACUCUACGAUCGGCGUUGUUUAGCGAACGAAAUUCAGAUUCCGUGGCCCGAAAAUCCGUUCGCAGGUCGCCGGAGCGUCUUCACCGACAAAAAUUGUUUUUUGUGAACAUCCCUAAAGUCACGUAUAGGCGGUGGAAGAUCGUUCCAGCACUUGGAAGCGGCGAACAUAAAAGAACCACGGAAGGCCAUAGUCCGAUGUUUUGUGGUCACAAAAACGCCCGCGAAAGGAAAGAACAUAAAAAAAUCCGUCAGUGUGCGCCUCCUGAAUAUAAAUAA